AUGGCCCACCUUCGAGGUAGGCUGGCCCCCGGGGGUACGUUUGACGUCUCGGUGGCCGGCCGGGUCAGGGGAAUUGUCUAUGGUAUACCUGGCCACCCCGAUCAGGUCCCCUAUAUCACCGCCUGGAUUGAUUUCAAACCCCCUUCAGGACCACUACAGGUCCAGGCCCUUUCAAAACUAAGACCAGGAACGGAAUCAAAGACGACCUUUAGCCGCAAGCCUCCCGAAAGUCCUAAGGUCGUCACACAGCUUACUCCUGUCUUACCACCCCCUGAUUCUGACCCCCUAGAUCCAGCUGAGUACUCCCAGUCCCAGGUUUCAGAUCCACCCCCGUACCCAACCUCAGGGUCUCUGAGCCCCUCAGCCCCUCCUCUGAUAAGUCCACCCCAUACUCGAGCAGGUGCUCCUUAUGGCCCUUCUAAUUCCAGUUUGACCCCAGAUUCCACUGUGUCAGCGUUUCCCCUGCGGCAAGUUCCUUCCCCUCCCGGAGAAUCAGGGAGACCGUUCAUGGUAUAUGUUCCCUUCUCCACCAGUGAUUUGUACAAUUGGAAACAGCAAAACCCAUCCUUCUCUGAUAAGCCCCAGAGCCUAAUCUCCCUCCUAGAGACUGUCUUUUAUACUCAUCAGCCCACCUGGGAUGACUGCCAGCAGCUCCUCCGGGUUCUUUUUACAACCGAGGAGCGUGACAGGAUUCUUUUAGAAGCCAGGAAGGGAGUCCUGGACCCAGAUGGACAUCCCUCUACUGACCUGGGGCGCCGCAACCACAUCUUCCCUGAGAACCGGCCCGACUGGGACCCCAACACUGAUCGCGGUAGGGAAGCACUGGACAGGUAUCGCCAGUUAUUGCUGGGAGGGUUACGGGCAGCAGCACGGAAGCCAACUAAUAUGUCCAAAGUCAGUGAGGUUAAACAGGGCAAGGAUGAGUCCCCAGCUGCAUACUUAGAGCGCCUCUACGAGGCAUAUCGAACCUACACCCCUAUUGACCCAGAGGAUCCCAAUAACCGGAGAGCCAUCGUAAUUGAUUUCGUAGCCAAUUCAGCUCCGGACAUCCAUCGGAAGCUACAGAAACUUGAAGGUUUUGAGGGUAAAAAUCUGACUGAACUCAUGGAAGUGGCCAAGCGGGUGUUUGACUAUCGUGAAGAGACUCAAGACAAGCAAACUCGCACGGUCGCAAGGGCGGUAGUGGCAGCUUUAGCACAGGUUCCAGGGGAGGCUCAGAAGCAAGAGUGGAAAGGAAGGCGGGAGGGCCCAAACGCUGGGCGCCCCUAUAAGGUCGACUCUGGAGCUGCGGCAUCGGUCCUGAAAUCCCCACUGGGCUCCCUCUCAUCGUCCACUGUGCAGGUCCAGGGAGCUACUGGACGAAAACAGUCUGUACCCCUCACCACUUCUCGGGAAACCAACCCGUUUGGUCUAGCAGGACACCAGCCCCCAGUGGUGGUCCAGCUCUCGUCCACAGCAACCCCUGCGCGUGUCCAACAAUACCCGUUGACUCGAGCUGCCCUUUUGGGCAUCAAGCCUCACAUCGAUCGACUCUUGGCGGCAGGCAUUCUACGACCCUGCCAGAGCUCAUGGAACACCCCCCUACUUCCAGUUCGCAAGCCCGGGUCUGGAGACUUCCGUCCUGUCCAGGAUCUACGAGAAGUCAACGCCCGGGUGGAAACUGUACAUCCUACUGUGCCAAACCCAUACACGUUGCUGUCUUCCCUGGACCCUGCUCGGACUUGGUAUACUGUUUUGGACCUGAAGGAUGCUUUCUUUUCCAUUCCCUUGGCACCAGUAAGCCAACCUAUAUUCGCUUUUACUUGGACAGAUCCUAACACUGGGACAUCCUCUCAGCUCACCUGGACCCGGCUUCCCCAAGGUUUUAAGAACUCCCCUACACUUUUUGGCUCAGCUCUGGCCUCCGACCUGGCCGCCUUCCGGGUCUCGUAUCCGGAGGUCACUCUCCUCCAGUAUGUUGAUGACCUUUUGUUAGCUACUUCCUCUGAGGCAAUAUGCAAAGAUACAACUCUCCACCUUCUCCAGCUGCUUGAAGCUUCCGGAUAUCGUAUCUCUGGAAAGAAAGCACAACUGUGCUCUCAAUCCGUUGUUUACUUGGGUUUCACCCUUCGUUCUGGUCAAAGGUUACUGUCUCGGGGGCGUGUAGCUGCCAUUUUGGGCAUGCCCGCCCCGAGGGACCGCCGCGGGCUCCGGGAAUUCCUGGGGAUGGCUGGAUACUGUCGCCUCUGGAUCUUGGGGUUUGCCGAGGUUGCCAAACCCCUAUAUGAGGCCCUAACUGGUGAACCCACCCAAUUUGUUUGGGGACCACGGCAGCAGGAAGCAUUCGACAAGCUCCGAAAGGCGCUGUCCAGCACGCCUGCCCUCUCCCUGCCAGACCUGUCCAAGCCCUUCCGCCUCUAUGUGUCUGAGUCUCGAGCUGUGGCCAAAGGGGUUCUGACCCAGCCCCUGGGGCCCUGGAAUCGUCCUGUUGCCUAUCUCUCCAAGCAGCUGGACCCUGUGGCUUCCGGGUGGACCUCUUGCCUGCGAACUGUGGCGGCCGUUGCCGUCUUGGUUAGGGAAGCCGCAAAGCUCACUUUCGGGCAGCCUCUUGAGAUUUCAGCAUCACAUCAUCUGGAACAGCUUUUACAUUCCCCGUCGACAAGAUGGAUCUCAAAUUCACGCCUGACUCAUUACCAAUCCUUACUCCUAGAUUCCGCGCGCAUCUCUUUCGCUCCUCCGGUCACACUCAACCCGGCCACCCUGCUCCCUGACUCCCCUCCUUCCUCCCCUAUACAUGACUGCCUGGACACACUGGACUCCAUCCACACGUCCCGCCCUGGACUUACUGAUGUUCCUUUAACAAACCCCGACCUAGUGCUCUUCACAGACGGCAGCAGUUUUGUUCAGGAGGGGAUCCAUAGGGCGGGUGCAGCCGUGGUCACUCCGGUUGAGACCCUCUGGGAUACCGCUCUACCCCCUGGCACAUCUGCUCAACGUGCUGAACUCAUUGCCUUAACUCAAGCCCUUAGACUCUCUGCAGGGAGGCGAGUAAAUAUUUACACAGAUAGCCGCUAUGCCUUUGCCACUGUUCAUAUCCAUGGAUAUGUAUAUCUCCAAAGGGGUCUGUUAACCUCGGCGGGAAGGGAGAUUAGGAACAAGAGUCAGAUCCAGGACCUGCUGGAUGCUGUCUGGCUUCCCAAGGAGGUGGCGGUAAUUCAUGUUCCUGCUCACACCCGUGGAACUGACCCCCAGUCUCUAGGGAACGCAGCAGCGGAUAAGGCUGCCCGAGCGGCUGCCUGCAAACCCUUGAUACCCGCUAUGGUCGUGGAACCUGAGGGGAUGCUUCCUGUCCAACCAUCUUAUCAAUCCAGUGAUCCGGAUGGCACCCCUGAAAAGGGGGGAUGGAGAAGACACCCAAAUGGCUUGCUAAUUCUGCCCAAGGCACUGUUGCUACCCCUAUUGAUGACUCUUCAUAGCCUUACCCACUUAGGCGGAACCCGGCUUUACGACCUGGUGAGCCGACACUUCUACAGCCCUGGGAUGAAGCAGGCGGCCGAGGAAGCCAUCCUCUAUGGAGCCCCUCCUCCUAUUAUUCCAAGAGUAUCUGCAGCUAUUUCAGCCCCAGAUUUUACUAAUCCGACUCUUCUUAAGUCCUUCCAGGCUUUGCGUGAGGUCCAGAACGCUGUACGCUCGGUCCUGAAAGCUGCGGGGAAAGAACCAGCCCCUGCAACCUCAUCAGACGCCCUGUCACCGGGAGACUGGGUCCUCACUCGCAAGCUUCCAGCUGGACCAGCCCUGGAACCACGGUGGACGGGCCCGUAUCAAAUUAUCCUCUGCAACCCCUCUGCCGUCAAGGUUGCCGGCCGCAAGGCAUGGAUACAUCGGUCACACAUCAAGAAGGCCCCAGAGCCCAACUCCACCGCCUGGACAGCAGAAGCAGUGUGGAUUCUCUCCCGAACUAACGAUGGGACCACCGUCCAAGCUCUCACCAGUUACGGAGCCCCCACUUUCAGGUUUGACCUCUGUGCCCUCUUGGGACCAGGAUGGAAUCAAAACCGGGCUAUGCGGGACCCUAUCGCUGGGGAAUGGGGAUACUGCCCCACUUUUCCCACCACUCCAACCAUACCCGGGGUAGGGGAAGUGAGAAUCAGAAGUAUUGAAUUCUAUGUUUGUCCGGCCACGGGGAAUCCUUCCUGUCAGGGUAGUAAUCACUUUCACUGCGCAGAAUGGGGUUGUGAGACUGUGGCCAGGUGGAUUCCUAGAGGUGGCCGAGACCCCCUAAUCACCCUGGAGAGACAAAGCCCCCUCCCCGCCUCCUGCUGGCCUGGGAAAUGUAACCCUAUGAUUCUAACAGUCAAGCAGGACACUGAUGACUCUUGGAAUCUCGGACAUUCUUGGGGUUUGAGGUUAUACAUGACUGGAUGGGAUAACGGGGUCCUUUUUACCAUUCAGAAAAUCGCAGUUUCCACCCAUACACUCCCCAUAGGACCGAAUCCCAUCCUUAACCCACAAGCCAUGUUGACUCUCACCCCACCAUCUGUUAGGGACCUGGUACCAGAGGCUCCCGAAAAUCCAGAGACCCUCACUAACCUAGGUUCCCCCAUUUUUGAUACACUCUCUGCUGUCCACUCAUUCCUAAAUUUGUCUGAUCCAAACAUAACCACCUCCUGUUGGCUGUGUCUGAAUCCAGCUCCCCCCUAUUUCAUAGGAAUUGCUAUCGAACUCAACAUCACCUCUGUGGGAAAGUUGUCUUUAAGUAAGUCCAAACAAUCCUCUGCCAUACCUGCCCGCUGUAACCCAGACAAGCCUAGACUUACCCUAGACGAUGUCCAGGGCAAAGGAAUGUGUUUGCUCGGGCCUGACUACCCGCUGCGGUCCUCCCCAUUCAAUGCUACGUGUACUUCAGUCAUUCUUAUUUCCCCCACAUCCAAAAGCUCUGACCUCCUGUUAACCGCCCCACCUGGAGUAUGGUUCGCUUGUACCAGAGGACUCACCACCUGCAUACAGGACAUUCGUUUCCUCAACCCGACCGAGCUCUGUGUAGUGGUGCGUGUCUUUCCUCAGGUAUAUGUCUACUCAGAGGAAGGGGCAGCUGAGCAUAUUGGCUUAACUCGCUCCAGGAGGGCUGUACCCUUUUUGGUUCCCAUACUGGUGGGACUCAGAGUGACCGGCUCCGCUGCUGUUGGGGCCUCAGCCCUGAUACAGGGGAAAGCCAACUACGGUGCCUUGAGUGCACAGGUAGAUAGGGACCUACGCUCCUUGGAAGAGCUAGUCUCACACCUUGAGACUUCCCUAGACUCUCUGGCCGAAGUGGUUCUCCAGAACCGCCGAGGCUUGAACCUACUGUUCCUCAAACAGGGAGGCUUAUGCAUGGCGUUGGGAGAAACCUGCUGUUUCUACGCCAAUCAGUCUGGAGUUAUUCGGGAGUCCUUGCAAGCCUUUAGGCAGCGGUUAGAUGAGAGGGACCGCGCACGGGCAACGGGGUCUUUUUGGUAUCAGACCCUAUAUAAUUGGUCCCCCUGGCUAACCACCCUACUCUCCGGAGUGGUGGGCCCUCUGGCCCUUCUCCUCCUUGGGUUACUCGUGGCCCCUUGUCUCAUAAAAUGCAUCACCCGCUAUGUCCAGAAACGAGUGCAAGCACUCCAGUUGUUUGUCCUGCGUCAAUCCUAUGCUCCUCUGGACUCUGAUGAGUCCCCCGUCUGA